AACAGUUUCCACCGAUGUCCAGUUUUGGUAUACACUGUAUUUAUAAAAUGUUCUUAUCAGCGAAUUCCCACAGUUUAUAUUAAGUUUAUAGUUUAAACUGUAAUUUGGCAUGACACUCCUCGUUUUAUUUGCUGUCCUCAGUGUGUGUCAGUGCUUUUUACUAGAUAGCAAUUGUCCCCAUUGUAACUGGAACGGAGUAUGUAACACUCAGAGUGGAAAAUGUACUUGUUAUGAGGGAUUCAAGGGGACUGACUGUAGCACCGACUGUGGGUGUCAAGGUCACGGAGUUUGUACACAAGACAACACUUGUGUCUGUGACUCUGGAUGGAAGUGGUCAAAGUCGCUGCAUAAAUGUGUUUGGGAUUGUAGCUGCUCCAAUGGAGUUCAGUGUAUUGGUCCUGGUGUGUGCGACUGUGUUCAUGCAUGUAAAUACGGCACGUGCUGGAAUGGACAGUGUGAAUGCUGGGAAGGAUACAAAGGGGCCACGUGCAACGUUUUUGAUAAAAACAUAAUGAUGAAUAGAAAUAUAUCUGUGGGUAUGAAUCUUGGAGGACUCUCGUACUGGUCGCCAGAACUGAAGUUUGUAGACAUCGUCAAACAGUCCCAGGAAUGGAUCACGGAGCAUCACACAACACACCAGUGGGACACACACGAACAUGACACAAUCACUUGGCGAGAUGACGGUUACCCAGCCAGUCUACCAAGUGAUAUGCUGGUCGGAAAACUGGUCUUACGGGCUAGCGCAGGCACUCAUGGCCCUCAGGGGAAUUUUACACUGUUGUAUGAUGGUGAUGGAGAAAUAGGUUUUAGUCUUGUCAGAUAUACCAUUCACUACAAUGGCAAAGGUCGCAUGCUUGUGGAAUUUCAUGAGGGAAGCGGAGGAAUUUUCAUUAAAAUAAUGAGAACAAACAGCAAAAACCCAGUACACAAUAUCAGACUAAUAUUGCCUGGAUUUGAAGACCGGCAUGAGUUGUUCCCCUUCUAUCCGCCAUUCUUGGAGAAUAUCAAACGCUAUUCAGAGUUAAGGUUCAUGGAUAUGCUGCAUACAAAUGGACACACGCCUGAACCCACCACAUGGGACACCCGAAGGCUACAAAACUUUCACACACAAACGGGCACUAAAGGUUGCGCAAUUGAAUACCUCAUCCACCUCACAAAUAUUGUUGGAGCGGAUCCGUGGUUCAACCAACCACAUGCAGCAGAUGAUGACUUUAUUAGGCACUUCGCGAACAUGACAAAGGCUUCUCUGAGACCAGAGCUUAAGAUGUAUAUUGAGUACUCCAAUGAGGUGUGGAAUGGCAUAUUCCAGCAAACAAAAUAUAGUAAGCAGGAAGGAAUGAAACUGGGCCUCGAUACACAUGACUGGAAAGCUGGACUUAAAUUUUAUAAUAAACGCUCCACUGAAACGGUCGAUCUAUGGAAGGCCGUAUUUGGAAGUGACUCGGACAGGCUAAUUCCAGUCUGGGCCUGGCAAACGGGUUACCAUGACUACACGAGGCAAGCAAUCGUGGACUUGGGUACAAGAGCGUCUCAUUUUAAGGGGUUAGCGAUAACUGGUUAUUUUGGAUGUGAUCAUGUAACGAGUCAGUCAAAGCAUGACAUUACACAGCUGUCAAUGGCGGAUAUACGAGCUCUGUGUAAAAAGGAUCUGCCAAAGAGUAUAAAUGAUUUUCAUUAUUUCAUGAAUAUGUCGAAGACAUACAACCUGAAACUGUUGAUGUACGAAGGCGGACCAGGAUUAGAGAGUUCCAGAAACAAUAACGCCACAGACCAUGCAAUAGCUUUCAACAGACAUGAUCUGGCAGAGGAUGCUACAGCAGACGUUCUAGAAGCUUGGUAUGACAUUGUUACCGCGGAUCCAUAUAAUACCCAUCCAGGUGGUUUAUUUAACUAUUUUGCGUCCGUCAGUACAUAUUCAAAGUAUGGUAGCUGGGGCAUGAUGGAGUUUACUGGUCAGGACCCUUACACUUCGCCAAAAUAUUUGGCUGUUCAUAGAUACAUCAAUCGCCAUUUUAACAACCAAUACAUGGGUCCCGCUUGUAGCUUUGUUCUGUUCAACAACACUGUGUACGGUUGCUAUAGACAAAACAACCAAAAUGUUCAUUGCGGAAUGUCUACGGACCAUGGAACACAUUGGACGAAUUAUCCCUUAUUGUCCACAAACACUAGUGCACUCAUCUUGGAUGGAUAUGACGUCAUAAAUCACGCCAUCUUUGUUCGUAAUGUUGAUGACAUUGCUGUUAAUACAUUUUACACAAUGGAUACAUCACAACAAUAUCUUCAGUGGAAAAGUCUAACCUUCUCUGACUACUACCGGCUUGUGUCUCCGGCCACGGUCCGUCGUCGUAUGACAAACGGAGAUCAUCAUGGAAUAAAUAUUAAUCAACUAGAUUGCAACUAAGCCUGUUUGCUUUGAAAAUAUUCCGUUAUACUUACGAAUAAAAGCUUUUGUGAAUAUCA